GAGCUAUUUGCAUGUCCACCAGUUUUAGUCCACGACUGACUGUGUCCAAUUGCUGCUUGAAGAUGACUGCCCUGCAAAUCACUGUACAUCAGGGAUCAUAUAGACCUCGUAUGGAGAGUAAAUAGAGGCAAUCCACAACAGACGGCUAAGCUUUUUCAACAUCUUUCUUUGAUCCUUAUUAGCUUCUCAAAAGUGGAAGGUCCAUUAGUUGAAGGUCCAUGAAUAGAAGGCGCAUCUUUUCUGCCUGCAGUUGUGUGGUGUAUGCUCAAGUUUAAGUCCAGCGCUGAUCAAUUCAUCAUUCCAACCACAGAUUUGGAUCAGUCCCCAGCAGUCGCAGUUCUGGGAACGAGGAGAGCUGGAUUCUUUAACAACACAAAGAUACCAGAUAAUUACCGGCAGUAUACAGCGGGGGUGGUGAUCUUCGGAGACUCCACAGUGGAUGUCGGCAACAACAACCAUCUAGUCACCGUGGUGAAGAGCAACUUCAAGCCGUAUGGCAGGUCGUUUCAAGGGGGCAAAUCCACUGGCCGGUUCUGCGAUGGGAAGAUAACCAGUGAUAGGAUCACCGAGAUAAUCGGCUACCCAUACGGGCUACCAUACUUGUCGCCGGAAGCUCACGGCCCCGCCAUUCUCACUGGCAUCAACUUCGCAUCCUCGGCAUCCGGCUGGUACGAUGGCACGGCACGAAACUUCAAUGUGAAAGGGUUGACGGAUCAGUUCGUGUGGUACAAGAACUGGAAGGCCGAGGUGCUGUCGUUGGUUGGUCCGGAGAAGGGGAACUUUAUCAUUAGCACCUCGCUGUACAUCUUCAGCACAGGUGCCAAUGACUGGGUUAACAAUUACUACUUGAACCCGGUUCUGAUGAAGAAAUACAACACAGAUGAGUACAUCACUUUUCUAAUCGGCCUUGCCCGUGGUUACAUUCAGGAGCUCUACGAUUUGGGUGGCCGCAACAUUGCGGUGCUGGGUCUACCGCCUUUGGGGUGCCUGCCCUCGCAGAUCACCCUCCACGGCAAAGGGAACCAAGGUUGCGUCGAGGACUACAACGCCGUUUCGCGUAAAUUCAAUGACCAGUUAAAAAAUGUUAUAAACAAUGAAUUGAAGCCGAAGUUCAGUGGAGGCCGUCUCAUAUACAUCGACAUCUACACAACGCUCUACGCGAUAAGGACAAACUCGAGCGCAUAUGGAAUUACUGAGGUCAGAACCGGAUGCUGCGGCACUGGUGUGAUCGAGACGGCAAUUGCGUGCAACCAAGCCUCGAUAGGCACUUGCGAAGAUGCUAAUUCAUAUCUGUGGUGGGAUAGUUUCCAUCCUACCGAGCAUGCGUAUAACAUUCUGGCGGAUGAUUUGUUCAACCAGGCUGAGGCGACUCUCAGGGGUCCAGCACAUCCUUGAAUUGGAAAACAAAAUAGAGCUCCUCUGAAUUCUAUUUUCAAUCGAAAUAACCACAUAAUAGUCGGCGACUUGCCGACCCAGAUAAGUAACGCCAUAUCCAUCUAUGGCAGCUGGAACUUCUGCAUAGGGUAGGCUCCGAAGUUCUAACAGCUCGUAGAUAUGAGAAAUUACAGUUGUCAGUACAUGUAAUAAGCAUAAUCUUAUGCUGUCCGUUGGUAGCGCGCGAAACAGAUUAAGAGAAUUUUGAUCUACUUAAUGCCCAGAGAAUAGGAGAAUUAAGUCGACGGACAAUCCGUGCUCUUUGAAGGUGGCAGCAAAGACUGUGGGUAAAUCAAUUUUUUUACCAUGAAAGCGACUGGAAUAAGAGCACCAGCAACUGGUUGAAAAAGUUCAAAAUCGAAAAAUAUCAUGAUUCAUUGCA